AUGGAUGAACAGCCACUGCCAGAUGACCUAUCGACCAUCAAAACAUCCAAAAUAUCGCAGGCACGAGUGGAAAAGCGCAAACGAGAGCUAGGCCCAGAACAUCCCGACACACUUGUCAGCAUGAACAACUUAGGCUUCUCCUACUGGAAACAAGGGAGAUGGAAAGAGGCUGAAAAGUUACAGCUCCAUGUGGUGGAGAGCCGCAAGCGUGUAUUAGGGCCAGAUAAUCCUGUUACUCUAUCCACCAUGGCCAGUUUGGGCUUUGCGUACUGGGACGAGGGACAAUACAAGGAAGCGGAAGAGCUACAAGUCUACGUAUUGGAAAGAUACAAGCGUCUACUUGGACCAGAGCAUUCCAACACUCUUGAGAUCAUGAAUAACUUGGUUUGUACAUACCUCGACCAAGGCCGAUUCAGAGAAGCCGAAGCGCUACAGAUUGAGGAGUUUCAGCUAUCGUCUCGGGUACGAGGGCCGGAGCAUCCCGACACCCUCGUCAGCAUGGGUAAUCUAGCAUCCACCUACAUGAAGCAAGGGAAAUGGACAGAAGCAGAGUCCUUGCAGACGAAAGUGAUUGAGACAUACUCUCGCAGCUUGGGACGAGAGCACCCAUCCAGCUUGGAUAGUAUGGCCAACCUUGCAUCCAUCUACCGGGAGCAGGAACGCUGGAAGGAAGCACUUGAUCUGAGUUUUGAAGUGGUGAAGGCCCGCAAGGAAGUCCUUGGGCCAGACCAUCCCGACGCACUUGGGGCUAUGGCUAGCAUGGGAUCUAUCUAUCGUGAGGAAGGACGAUCGGAAGAAGCCGAGAAGAUAGACGUCCAAGUGGCGGAGGCCAGUAUGGAGUUGUUUGGACCAGAGGAUCCAAAGACAUUGGUCUCCAUGUCUAACCUGGGAUCUACCUAUCAGGGCCAAGGGCGCUUUGAUGAAGCGGAAGGCAUACAAGAACAGGUUGUACAUAUCAGCAUUGAGGUGCGAGGACCUAAUCAUCCUAGCACUCUCACCAACAUGGCCAACCUAGGAUGCACCUAUCAGGGCCAGAGUCGAUUUGAAGAAGCAGAAGGGCCGGAGACAAUGGUUGUGGAAGCCCGCCGGCAGGUCCUAGGACCAGUCCAUCCCGACACUGUGACAAGCAUGAACAAUCUUGCUUUUACCUACGAAGCUUCUGGCAAAAAGGAAGAGGCAUUGCAGCUCAUUGGUGAACGUGUCGAGAUCUUGAAUCAGACUUUGGGCCGUGACCAUCCGAGUACCAUUCAUACAGCUGCUGCGCUUACCGAAUGGCGCAAGGCGGAUGCCUCUGGAUCCAUCUGA